AUGUCUUGCCACAACUACUGCUCUGGAAACUACAGCUCUGGAUCCCUCAGAAACGUCUGCAAUAUUCCUGUCACCUACACCAUUGCCCUCUGCUCUACCAAUGUAAGCAAUGGAGAAGCUGUCUGCCUACCUAGUAACUGUCAAGACAAUUCCUGGCUCCUGAACAAUUGCCAAGAGACCUACAGUGAACCUACAAGAGACAACUGUGGUGAACCAACCAGCCACCAGCCAGCCAACUGUGAUUCCAGGAACUAUGAAGCCUCUUGCUGCCCUUCCACGGCUCACUAUGUACCCAGACCCCGUCAAGGAACUGGCUUUCUUCCUGUGUCAUCCUCCAUCUCCGCCUCUUACCUCCCAGUAUCCUGUAGACCUCUGAGCCGUGUGUCCAGCAGCUGCCGUCCACUGAGUCCUUUGCUCUACAACAGCCAUUCCUUAGGCUGUGUACCUACUGGCUAUCGACCACUAAAUCAUUUGUCCAACAGCUACCGACCCCUGAGCUUCCUCACGUAUGGAUGCCAACCCUUGGGUAGUUUGCCCUGUGGUUCUCAACCAUUUCGUGUUGUGUCUAGCAGCUUCAUACCUCUGCGGCCUUUCUCUAGUGAUUGUCAACCUCUGACCCAUAUUUUCAGUACUUGUCGUCCAUCUUGCACAGCCUUGGAGUACAGGUAG